AUGGAGCGGCAGCGGGAGGUGAAGGCCCUGCUGAAGCGGUGGGAGGCGGCUUUCCUCCGGGAGCGGCGGAGGAAGCCCAGCCAGGCCGACAUCGAGGCGGCUCCGGAGGACACCAGGCGGCUCUACAAGGAGUACAAGAUGAUCAAGCGGCAGAGAGAGGAGUCGGAUCCCUCCCAGCUCAGCCCCUCCUGCCAACCGGCAGCCCAGGAGACCCCAGCCGCGGAGCAGGUGCCCGACUCCGGUUGUUGGGGCGCACACCUGAACCGGCAGCCGAAAACCCCCGGGCUGAGUCGCCGCGGCCAUGCCAUGCCGAAAGCCUCGGCGCAGUACUACGGGAUGAAGCUGAAAUCCAACCUUGGCGCUGCCGGCAAGGAGACGCCCCUGACCCCGAGGAGAACCCCGACUCCCAGGAGGACCCCGGCUGUCCCCAGGCUUCAGAAGAAUUCAGGGACCGGUGACAAAGCCACGUCCCCGGCACCUGCGGAGGCAUCGCGGAGCGAGGGAGGCGAGCCGGGAGAUCUCCUCCUUCCUCCCUCAGUGUCGGGGCUGACCCCCAUCAUCCUCUCUGCGGGGUUGAAGCCCCCUCCGCCGCCGACGCCAAAUAAAUUCCAGCAGCUGAAGCAGACGGUGACGCGGAGACUGGGCUCGCUGGAUCCCGCCUGGCUGCAGAGGUGCCAGGGGACACCCGGGGACGAAGGGACAAUGCUGGCUGCCGCGCAGGAGGGGGAGCAGGGAGAGGUCGGCUGGGCCCCUCCGGAGCAGGAGGCGGGUAGUAGGGAACCUUCAGUGGGAGAUUCCGGGAGGAAAAGGCCACGUGGAGAUGGAGAUGGCGCGGCGGCUCCCACGAAGCUCAGGCGAUGCCGCCGAGGCUCGGCCGAGGGAGCGUUUGGCGCUGCCGGCGGGCUGAAGCAGAGCGAGGAGGAAGAAAAGGAGGAGGAAGAGCACGUCACAGCCCAAAAGGAGAAGGUGAAGGUGUUGGAUCCCGCGGAAAACAUCCUGGGGGAGUUGGAGGAGGAGGAGGAGAAGCCCAGACCCACCUGCAGAGCUGUCGCUGCCAGAGCACCUCCGCAGAGAGGCGGCAACUUCGUCAGGCUUAACCUGAAGAAGAAAUCUCACGUCCGAGGUUACGCCCUGCGAGGAAAUCGCCUUCGCAAGCAGGUGUGGAAGCAGAAGUGGCAGAAGAAGGCGGAGCGGUUCGGAGGAGGCGGCGGAUCCGUCGAGCGAAGCUCAGACGUCUGCUUCGCGUGCGGUGGGAUGGGCCACUGGGCAUCGGCGUGCCGGGGUUCGGCUGCCGGCCUGCUGCCGGAGGAGAGCGGCCACGCCGAUGAAGAGGAGGAGGCUCCCCUGCCCACGCUGGAAGAAGUAGCUCGCAGGACCAACACCGUCUGCCGAGAGCUCUCCGGUGAGGCCCCCCCGGGUUUGUGCCGGGAUGCGACGACUUACCUGGAUGUGCAGAGGCCGGCAUACGAGCCGCCCGCUCCCCCUGCGCCCAUGGAGCCCCUCUACAGCCUGGGGCCGGAGGGGAAGGUGCGAGAGACCCCGGAGGAGGUGUUUCAGGCUCUGAAGGCGCUGGGCUACAGCUCCUUCCGCCCGGGCCAGGAGCUGGCUGUCAUGAGGAUCCUCUCAGGCCUGUCCACGCUGGUGGUGUUAUCGACGGGGAUGGGCAAAUCCCUCUGCUACCAGCUCCCCGCUUACCUCUACCACAAGCGCUCCAAGUGCAUCACCUUGGUCGUCUCCCCACUGGUGUCCCUGAUGGAUGACCAGGUCUCGGGGCUGCCGCCGUGCCUGAAGGCCGUCUGCAUCCACUCCAACAUGACCAAAGCCCAGCGGGAAGCGGUGAUGGAGAAGGUGAGGCAGGGCAAGGUGCAGGUGCUGCUGCUGUCCCCCGAGGCCCUGGUUGGGGGAAUCGGAUCGGGAUCCAGUUGCCUGCCCUCCGCCGAUCGCCUGCCGGCCGUGGCCUUCGCCUGCAUCGACGAAGCUCACUGCGUCUCCGAGUGGUCCCACAACUUCCGUCCCUGCUACCUGCGGCUCUGCAAGGUUCUCCGGGAUCGCCUGGGCGUGCGCUGCUUCCUGGGGCUGACGGCGACCGCCACCCUGGCCACGGCACGGGACGUGGCCCAACACCUCGGCAUCCCGGCGGAGGAAGGGAUAACGGUGCGCUCCGCCGCCGUGCCCCCAAACCUGCGCCUCUCCGUCUCGAUGGACAGGGACAGGGAUCAGGCCCUCAUCUCCCUGCUGCAAGGGGAGCGUUUCGGGUGCCUGGACUCCAUCAUCGUCUACUGCACGCGGCGGGAGGAGACGGCUCGCAUCGCGGCGCUCAUCCGGACCUGCCUCCAAGGAAUGCCGCUCAAGGAACCUGCCGGAGCCAGGGAGCCGGGGUGGGACGCCGCCGAAAGGAAGAAAGCGAAGGCAAAGAAGAGCGUCCGCCGCCCGCUGAAAUGGAUCGUGGAUGCUUACCACGCCGGCCUAUCCGCUGCCGAACGCCGCCACGUCCAGAACAGCUUCAUGAGCGGCCAACUCCGCGUGGUGGUGGCCACGGUGGCUUUCGGCAUGGGGUUGGACAAAUCGGACGUCCGCGGCGUCGUGCAUUACAACAUGCCCAAGAAUUUCGAGAGUUACGUGCAAGAGAUCGGCCGGGCCGGGCGAGACGGUGAGCUGGCUCACUGCCAUCUCUUCUUGGACGCGGAGGGCGGGGAUCUCCACGAGCUGCGGCGUCACAUUUACGGCGACACGGUGGAUUUUUUCACCGUCAAGAAGCUGGUGCAGAAGGUUUUCUCUCCCUGCAAGUGCCUGGAGCUGCACCAGCAACACCAGGACGUCGUCAGGUACGGGGAGGUGGAGGAUGCCGAAAUGGCCGAGCUCUUGGAGGAGGAGGCGGAGGAGGAGGAGGACAGCGGCGUGAUGAGGCAGAGCGGGCAGCGGGUGUGCUACAAGCACGAGCGAGCCAUCCCCAUCCAAGAAGCUGUGGAGUCCCUGGACGUACGGGAGGAAGGCAUCGAGACCCUCCUGUGCUACCUGGAGCUGCACCCGCGGCGCUGGCUGGAGCUGCUGCCUCCCACCUACUCCUCCUGCCGGCUGCUGUGCUACGGGGGACCCCGGCAGCUCCGGGCUGUAGCGCGGAGCUCUCCCCCCAUCGCCGUCUUCCUGGCCCGGGAGCGCCUGGCGGGGAAGGACCACGGCCACGCCAGCUCCCUGGAGUUCGACGUGGUCUCACUGAGCGACUCCAUGGGUUGGGAAGUGGCGUUGGUGAAACGCGCCCUGCGCCAGCUCCAGUGGGAUCCGAACCUGCGGCAAGGCAGCCGCGGUGAGGGGAAGAGCGGGGUCCUGGUGGAGUUUGGAGACCUGUCCUUCCACGUACUCGCCUACGGGGACCUCGCUGACCAGGAGCUGGACUCCGUCUGCGACUUCCUCCACCGCAGGGUGGUGGCCCGGGAGAAGACGGCUCUUGGCCAGCUCCGCGCCUGCUUCCGGGCCUUCCAGAGCGUGGCCUUCCAGACCUGCAGCCCUCACCCUGAGGAGGAGGAGGAGGAGAGGAGCUCCUCCCUGAAGGCUCUGCUCAGCGACUACUUCGAGAAGGAGCCCGCUGGCGAGCAGGCUGAGCGUGGCUGCGAGGAGGAGGAAGAGGUGGAGGAAGAUCUCGGCGACGCUAAACUACGGGAGUGGGAGAGCCAGAUCCGCGCCGACAUCCGCCAUUUCCUCACCAUCCGCCAGGACGAGAAGUUCUCUGGCAGAGCCAUCGCCAGGAUAUUUCACGGCAUCGGCAGCCCCUGUUUCCCUGCCCAGGUCUACGGCCGCGACCGCCGGUUCUGGAGGAAAUACCUCCGCUUUGACUUCCACCGCCUCACCCGCCUGGCCACCGAGGAGAUCCUGGCCGGCAAGUGA